AUGAGACCUUCUAAUGCAAGCAUAAAUUUGGAAGAAACAUGUACUUUUGAUUCUGCUCAAUCAAAAGAUGAGCUUGUCAGAAAAUAUCCAGUUUGUGUCGACAUUAGUACGCAAACCAAGAAUGACGAUCAAAAAUUAUCUAAUAAUAAUGCUGGUCAGUUUUGCAUGAGUGAAAAUGCGUAUGUUAAUCUCCUUAAUAAGGUUGCCGAAGUGCGCAACGAUACGGCUCAUUCCAUUAGUCAAACUCGCAUAAAUAAAAACGUUAAUGCGAAUUCCUCUAAGCAUUUGGUCGCAUGUCCAUUCCUAUUAAAGAAAGGACAUUGUUUAAAGGGAUCAAGAUGUGAUUUUUCUCACAAUAUUAGCCAAAGUCGCAUAAGUAAAAAGGCAAGCGUGAUUCCCCCUAAAGAAGUCCUUGAAGUUAGCAACGAUGUGGUUUAUCCUACUACCCUUAAUGACAGUAGUGUUAGUACUAAUUCUAGUGCUCCUAAUGAAAUGUAUGCUAUACCAGUAAGAAUCACCACUCGGAGACGCGGCAAACAUAACCCGCAAAAAUUCAGAAGGAGAAAUAGUGAGCAUUUUUUAUGGGACUCAGGGAAUCCCAAUCGCCCUCCAGAAUCAAAGCCAGAAUCACAACUCGAAAAUCACAACUCCUGGAAGGCUUACCUACAAUCGGUCAACCAAACUUUGGACCAACUUGGAACCCAAGUAUAG